GAAUAAGUCACGUGACUCUUCCGACGCUUUUCAUACCUGUGUGGUGACACACUUAUUACGGGGUCAACAGGAAGUAAGACUAAUUUGAAACGGGCAAUGACUGUGUCGGGAACAAUAAAAACUAUUUCGUAGGUGUAGGAUAGGUAAGAAAAUCCAACGGCACACUUCCAAAGAAAGAAAGUGCAUUUUUACCUGCACGGUACCUGGAUUACAGGUGUGAAAAUUGAAUUGUGACCAUGACAGGGUAAUAAACAGGAAAAAUGGCGACUGUUUACAAUUUGAAAUGGAGCCUAACCGUGGGAAUAAUUUUGUUGACAAUUUCUCUGGCUUUCGGACAGGCCCCAAUUACUCCCCCACCGGUGGGGCCAAAGCCUGUGGUCGCGAAUGGAAUCGUUUACAAUUUAGUUUAUCUACAUAUGGCCCCAGAAAUAUGUAAGGACCCCUAUGUUCUAGAGAAAGUGAAUUUUCAGUUUGGAGUUGUCAUCAAAGAAGGCGAGAAAAAAGCAAUUUUAAAAGCUGGUAGUCCUCACAAGAUGGGAGGGAAUAUCGAGCUGGAGCCCAAAAGCUGUCUGUGGAUAGAACCGGGCACUGUGUUCCAUUUUAGCCCCGGAUAUGGCAUGAUCAUCAACGGAACACUGAUAGCUAGAGGCAGUGAUGAAGACGGAGGUAGGAUCGUGAUGACGAGGGAUCCUGACAAGAUUGAUGUCUCGGAGUCCACAUUUCCUGAUGACGCCCGAUUGGUCGACGGAAACACAACACGGGACGGACAACUACAGCUGUCUUAUCGUGGGCGAUGGCGGGGAAUCUGUACAAACUACGUAAAUUAUACCAAAAUAGAUGCCAACGUAACUUGUCGUCACCUGGGAUUCUUGUGGGGAAACUUUACGUACCACUCCUUCUCCCGGAACAAGACAGACUACAUGCUGUUUGAGCGACCAAACUGUCUGGGAUCAGAGAACAGUCUGUUUGAUUGUCCAGGAAAAACUAAUAUCCGAGUCGGUGCCAACAUCUGUGAUGGGCAGCAGGUGAUUGGCUUUGAGUGUGACGGACUCCGCCCAGAUCUGGCCAAGACUCACUGGAGAGGACUGGAGUUCUACAACGCCACGGUCCAGUUUGUGCGAGACCAGAACAUAAAUCGGACCGAGACCUACUCGUGGUUGGAGUACCUAGAUGUCUGGUACGCGGGACGGGACACUUACCAAUUAGACGGAAUGCUGAAGGGUCGAGCCUCGAUAUCCGCCAGUCCUCAUGUUCCUCUGAUGAAUAAUGUGUCUAUCAUGUACGGAGCGUAUGAUGGAUUAAACUUGACGGAGAUAAGGGGCCGUGUCCACAUCGCUAACAGUACAGUGUCGUUCAAUAGAGGUUAUGGAGCAUUCAUCCAGACAGCAGUGGGCGCGGUGUUGAUAAACAUGACCAACAUGGACAAUAACUGGGGAGAUGGCGUAAAGAUGUACAUGACUAACUACACCAUCCACUCCUUCCAGAAGGACUACCCCACAGGCCGCUCCUUCUGUAGAAGUAAUGCCCUCGCCUUCCCACGAUUCCCCAUCACAAUGUACGAGAACAUUAUCGAUGAAAGGGGAGAGAAACCAGCAUUUGAUGGACUUGACUGUAUAAAGAGUUACACAACAAUAGACAAGAGGAGACUAUCCCUCCAUUUCUUUCUCAUGGAGCGCGAUGAGAAGGCUGAGGGAACAAUCACAGUCUAUGACGGAAUCUCCACCAGCAAUCGCGUCCUCGGGGUGUUUCCCGUCUCUAACGGAUCCUUCCCACAGUCUGUGACAACCUCGGGCAAAAGCAUCACGGUUCGGUUCCAGUAUAAACUUCCUCCACAACCCACUAACCCUGCGGAACAUCGCUGUAAGAAGUUCCGAGCCUGUCUGAGAUUCUUAAUGGAUCUUGUUUCCUACGAUGGAUUGGAUGAGGAGCUCCGUUUCUUCAAUUCCUCAGCAAGUAACAACACGGGAUACGGAGUUAAUGUCCAGGACAUGCGAUGUAAGGUCUCGGUUAACUCUUCCAUAAUAUCAGACAAUAACUACGGAGCAGGUCUGAGGAUCUAUCAGGGGGCGGGAGAAAUCUCCGUCAACAAUUCGAGGAUCGAAGGAAACCAGAGAAGUGGAGUGAACAUCACGUACGCAGGAGGCUACCAGCUUCUUAACAACUCUUUCUUUUGUGAAAACCAUGGUUACGGUGUGAUAACAGAGUACGACAGGCUUAACAACACACGUAUACAACACUCACAAAAAAUGGAAGUGGUCAAGGCGAAAUUCUUCUUCAAUGAGUGGAUUGGGUUCAGAAUUGGCAACUAUUGCAUGGAAGGGAGUAUUCUUGUGAAUGAGAGUCAUUUUAAGUAUAACUAUGAUGAAGCUAUAGAGUAUCUUUCAUGUAAUUUUACAAAGAGUCCACAGAAAAAUGUGAAUUUUAGUUUAGCGUACAAUGAGUUUGAUGGAAACAAGAGACAUGGAAUUCUGAUGUCGCCGGUGAUAAACACGAUCGGGAUUAUGACAAAUAACACUUUUGUAAACCAUAGUCUGGGCGCAGUGCGAAUUGACAAUGGAUAUGAUUUACUGGUCAGCAAGUGGUAUGCAAAAUUUGCUGUAAAUUAUCGUAUUUAUGAGAACACAUUUAAGGAAAAUUAUGGUCGAUACUGUAUAAGUCUCCGAUUGACCCAGAAUGCACCCAAUCAGCGCAUGGAGUUCAAGUUUAACAAAGUGAUAGGAAACGCUAUCAAUAAUACGUCAGAGUAUCUCAAUCCCAGGAGUCACGCCAAUGCUCCAAUUAUCGUGUCCUCCAGUAACAUUGUCGUACAAAGAAACCACAUCUUUAACCCAGACUCUGUAAGAGACAUAGCGACACACCUGAUUGACCCUUCUGUGAUAAUCAAUGGCAGCGUAAACUGGUGGGAGACUACCGAACAUGGAACUAUUUACGACCGAAUCUUUGAUCUCGACGAUCGAUAUAAUCUGGCGCAGAUCAAAUACUAUCCUGUACUGAAGGACGGUUGGUUGUAUGGGGACAAGACCACCAUCACAGAAACAGAAUACCGGUGGCCCUUCAGGAGGGAGAAUAAAUUCGGGGGUAUUCUGGAUGUAGAGGGUUUCACCACUGACCCCGCUACCAAACUGUAUUACGUGGACAGGGAUAUAUUUAUUCUUCCUAAUGCAAUCCUUAAAAUCUUACCCGGCACUACUCUGCUGUUUGAGAACUCUAUCGGCAUGGUGAUUCACGGUACAUUACAGGCAGACGGGGGAAGUGCUAUGUCUCCAAUCGUGUUUACGCUGAAUGAACCAGCCAAUCAGACAGAGAUAAGUAACAGGACGGAUGCCGUCAGGCUGGCCGACGGACGGGAUGAGUUCGAAGGUCGUGUAGAGGUCAACAUUAACGGGCGCUGGGGAGCAGUCUGUCAACAUGGGUGGAUCAAAGAGAAUGCGAUGGUGGUGUGUCAACAACUGGGUCUGACCUAUCACCCUGACUACGGCCUGGUUUACCAGAAGGUUAGGUCAUCCUCUGUCAUCGAGCUGAGCUCCGUCACCUGUACAAACCUAGACACCGACCUGCGUGAGUGUCAGUCCAUAAAACGGGGAGAUUUCGACUGCCAGUUUGAGAAUGUUGUUUACAUCAGGUGCCAGAAACCUACUUGGUCAGGCAUCACAAUUCCUGCUAUUCCUACGUUUGGUCAGUUACGUGAGACCCAGAUAAAACAUGUCAUCAUCCAAAAGGCAGGACAGUUAGACUACCAGGCCAUGACCUUCACCCCGGCUCUCCGCAUUGACUACAACUUCUACAAAAUCACCGCACUGCAGAUCACUGACUCCGUGUCUGACGGUGUCAACAUCAAAUACGCCAACCCGUUCACGGAGAAUCUUUUUGAGAAAUGUCAUUUUGUCAGGAAUCUGGGUCACGGGUUACUCACUAGAAGCCCAUUCCUGAAGAUCACAGAGUCCACUAUGAACUAUAACCAGAAAGGAGGAUUCGUGUAUGACCCAUUCUUUACCGAGUACGAGGGUCUGAGUGUGAGAAAUUUCCUCCAUCAGAGUCGGAUGGAGUAUUUCGGAAAUAAAAAUUACCAGUUGGGGGAGAACUCGAUGGCGUUUAUCAUAUCCCAGCCGGGGACGCAGAGGGAGAACAGCACCUAUAGAAUGGAGCUCUCGGUCAGUCGUCAAGACUACAGAAUCACCCUCCAAGUCCUGGACUACAACCCGCUGACCAGCGUGGAGAAGGUGACCGUUUACAACUCACACCGAGGCGGGAUCUCCCCAACGACGAAAAAAUGGCAGAUAGAGGAGGAUUUGGUGGACUUCCCAAUAACGUCAGAGGGGAAGAACUACCUGACGAUCGAGUUAGUGGUUCGCGGAGUCAGGUCAGGGCGGCUAGCCUUCGCAGCUCAUGCCAGGCAAUAUUCCUCUGAUCCUAUCAAGUCAAUUAUUGAAGUCAGUCAUGCUGAGGUUACCAAUAAUUAUCAAGGAAUUGUGACCAAACAUUAUAACAACCCAUCCAAUGAAAAAUUGGAGAUUUUUCACAGGGUAGCAGAAGAAGAAAUCCGUUUCACAAAAGUGGAUAUCAAAGACAAUCAAAUGGAGGCCAUGUACAUUCCCAGUCUAACGAAAUACCACGAGCACUUGAUACCUACACAGGAAGAAAUGACGAGACCGGAGAGGCUGGGACAGAUAACGUACACAUUACAUCAGUGUACAAUACAGAACAAUGGGAAGGCGGUGAUAGCCGAUCACAACCACGUGGACUUCUCAAAUAACGUGUGGAAGUGGAACGUUUACACAACCAUCAUGAAGGAUAACCGUUAUGGAGGUCUGGAAAUCGAGCUUCCGAGGGUGAACGACAUCAGAGAGAAAAAUAAAUUUCACUCUGUUCAUGUCAAUCAGACGAUUUUUGAGAACAAUAAGAACUUUGCUUUCACUAUUAAUGGUUACUACGCGGAUGUGGAGAUCAGCAAUGGAAGAUUUGUACAGAAUACGUGUAGACGAGGCCUGAUCCUGCUGUCGGGGAUGGAAAAAGACUUAGUCAUCUUCAACAAUGAGAUUUCAAACAAUCAAGGGAAAUAUGCUGUAGAGGUUGAUAUGCAGAGCCAUGCUGAGUACAGUAAACCGAAGGGAUUCUGUCAUUUUAACAACAUCAAAAGCAACAGGCCGGGGCCAGGGUGGACAAUGAAUACUGACUAUACACCGUCUUCAUUUGCAGUGGCAGUACGAGGUGUCCAGAACAUGACUCUGAGGAGAAAUCUCAUAUACAAUCCUGAUUACCAGUAUGAACUGAUAGCAGGCGUGACUUCUCUCUCACUAGAGAACAAGAUGGAUGUGGAAGAGAACUGGUGGGGAACAGCAAUCCAGGCUAAAAUCGUGGAGAGAAUCUUUGAUUUUGAUGAUUGGAAUAACUACGCCAUCGCGGACUACUUUCCCCAGCUCACAGCUGACAAUGUGAACAGUCUACCAUCCACAGGGACACAGAUAGAAAAUGGUUUAAAUUUCCCUUCAGUGAAGGGAAGGAUAACCGGAAACAAGGCCUUGACUGGUUCCUCUAAAUUCUACAUCGUAGCAGACGUCACAGUCAUGCCCAAUGCUAGGCUGACCAUAGAGCCAGGGACCACCCUGGAGUUUUAUCCUAAUGUGGGAAUCCUGGUGCUGGGUCAGCUGAUCGCCCAGGGUCUCUCGUACAGCAGGAUUUCCUUCCGCCCCGUCGUCCCGGGACCAAACAUUCCCAUCCCUCUCCCACAGGUUAACACCCAGACAUUUUACUCCAACAGCAUGAGACUGAAGAGAGAUGCUGAGGGAGAGAUACCACAAAAUGAAGGUUUCUUGGAGUUGUUUAAUUCUUCAUCGAAUUCCUGGAGCUUGAUGUGUGACAAUCAAUUCAAUAGGAAAACAGCAGAGGUGGUGUGUCGUGGGCUCGGGAUGGAGACACUCAAUGUGGACGUCCGCUUCACACAUCUUUAUGACCAUUUCAUCUACAAGAAACCUAUGUACUUUGUCAAGGAGUUCUGGACGUAUUCUUAUUAUUGUGUGGGAGAUGAGUACUCAUUGGACGAAUGUCAGAAAAGAAUUAAUUACAAAAUCCAGGACUGCAUACAAGGGGCUAAUUACACCUACAUCCGAUGUGGAAAGAGAAACCUGGAUUCCAAGCUGUCUUACUGGGGAAAUAUUCGAAUCGCUUCUCCAACAUAUGAGGAGGAUACAACACUAUACAUCCAAGACGAUAAACGAUCUGUUUUAGAGAAUAUUGACAUUUACGGAGCAGGCAUGCUACAUGGUGAGAGAGUAGGAGCUAUCCAGGCAACCUACAGGUCACCCAAGGUCAACAACAUUAACAUCACCAAUAGUCUGUGGAACGGAAUGGACAUCAUAGCUCCGCGAUAUGAGAUGAUCAUCAAAACCAUGAAUAUUGACCAGAACCUUGGGUAUGGCAUUAAUUUCCUCAUUCUGAAUGGAGAAUCUCGCAAUGCGGAGCUUUCCUCUUUCAAUCCAUUGACUGUGAAUACUGUGCCUUACUUCAUGUCUGGGCUUGUGGACAUUUGUAAAAUGGAAAAGGAAUUAACUGUGAAAAAUCGACUGAUUAUCUACUAUAAAUACUCAGAGCUGUUGGUUGAUUGUGUUAAAAUCAUCCGCAGUGAGAAUCCCUUACGUAAAGUUUCCUUCCGACUUCUUCAGUUUAAUCUGUAUUACGACGAGUUUUACCGUAAUUUGUUGGAGAUUUUUGACGGUAACUCUGUGUCGGAGGAGAGCAGGAUCGGGGUUCUGGAUGCCCACAGUAAAUCCGACGCUACAGGAAGACGGUACCUCAGUAAAUCCGACACCAUAGGCAUCCACAUUCACGCCUCUAACGCCUACGAAGAUUACGGAUUUAUUGCGGAGAUAACAACUUCUCCUCUCUCAGACUUGGCGUAUCCAGACAGUACAGUGGCUCAUCGCUUUGAGCAGAUGAUGGUGACAAACAAUGAGGACGGUGCCAUACUGUACCAGAAUGUGGGCGAGGUCUGUCCCUCCCUCUACAUUGACAGCUGUAUGAUCGAGAACAACGGCCUGGGGAUCCUCAAUCUCACGUCCCAGCCUGUCAUCAACAUUGGGAUCCAGAACACCAAGAUCUUCAACUUCCAGCACAACUUUGUCAACCGCAACAAAGGGGGGCUAUUCUGUCAAGCCUUCACGACGUCCACCCAGAAUCUGCUCCGCGGAAACAUCACAAACAACGUCUUCUCCUUCGGUAGUCACGGAGAAACGCUCAACAUCAGCGGCCAUCACUUCCAGAAGAUGCACAUUUAUGAGAAUUACAUUUAUAACAACACGGCAGGUGAUUAUCGGGAUACGGUACAUGUACAGACUGUGGGAAUGAACUUUACGUUUAACGUCCUGGUAAACAACACGGGGCACCACAUCAUUAGGACGUUCAGCGAGGUGGAUACCAGUGCCACCCAGCAGUACAUAGGGAACUGGGUUUACGAGAAUAAUGCUACUGCACUGUUCCGGGCAGUGCUAGCUGUGGGCAGUGGGAAUCCACAGUUUCAGAAUAACUACCUGGUUAAUGAUGAGAGUGCCUUCGAACUUCUUGCAAAUGAUAAGCGAAAAAUUAUCCAAGGGAUUCAGGUAGCUGAUACUCCCGUGGAUGCCACAAACAAUUGGUGGGGUUAGUCAGUGGUAAGUUUUGUAGGCCUUCGGGUCAGCAAUAUGUCCCUAGUCAGUGUUAUAUUCCAGCCUUACAGGGUCAGCAAUAUGUCCCUAGUCAGUGGUAAAUGUCCCCCUGGUUGGACCCUGAAUGCUGACCGUUGCUAUAGAUACAUGGGGGCUGCUCUUCCCUAUGCACAAGCUGGCCAAUUCUGCAGGGAUAACCAGGGAUUUUUAGCGGAGGCAGAUAAGCAGGGUCCGUUCCUGCGUUAUUUAUUACGACUAACGGAGAACGUCUACAGUAAGAACCUGAGGGUGUGGGUCUACUCUGAGGUCGCCCCUGGUUACUGCAGUGCGUUUCAGGAUGACUUCAUCGUCGCUGAACAAGACUGUCAGAGAAUCCUUCAUCCAUUCAUUUGUGAGAAAGAUCCCUACAUUAACCCCCCGGGGAGUGACAUCCUGGCUAUAGCUAUAGGAGUGUCAGCGGGUGUGUUCGGGACGGCCCUCAUUAUCAUCAUUAUCCUAGCCAUUCUGUGGAAAGUCAAGUCCAAGGGAAGAAAGGAGCAAAGAUUUGAAAGGCAAGCAUCCAUUCGCUCCUCUGUUAGGUCAUCUGUAAGGUCCCGAUCAACUGUGACCAUGUUGUCCACGGCAACUGGAAAACGACGAUUUGAUGAUAAAUAUUCUGUAACUUCAUCUAAAGGACAUUUGAUAGAUGAUGAAGUAUCAUUGUCUAACAUUAGUCUUGAUUCUAGAAGCCGAGAUAGGGGCCCCAAUAGGUCUCUAGAGCGUUUGGAUGUACCUAAUGGUCGUCUUGGUUCCCGAGAUCGUCUAGACAAUGUCAAUUCCUCUAAUGGAAGCCUGAGUAUGAUUCUGUCUAAUGGGCACACCAGACUCGUGAAUGGUAAGGGAAGUUUUGAUCGACUGAAGGAGGAUUCUCCAAGAAAUUCCCCACGGAAUUCUCCCCGGACUCAGAGACCGACCAGAUUUACACUGGGGAGGAACACAGGGGGCAGCAACAACAGUCUGGACCGACCCCCGGAGGCGAAGCCUGUACAACCACCACAGCCUCCCGUGAUGAAACCCAUCCUGCCUCCUCAGGCCCCAGGGGUGAAGCGGCCCCCCGUAAAACCACCAGCCCCACCUGAAAUUCCUGUGGACACGGAUGGGGGUUACACUGAUGAUGGAUUCUCGGAGCACGAGUUUGACGAUUUCACCACCACAGCUGACGAGGCGGAGUACUCUCCUAAUAUGGCUAACAGAGUGGAGAAUCAGAUAGAAUCCCUGAGGAGGCUUCCUAACAUCUCAGAGAAGCCAAAUUAUGGAAGUGAAAGAAGUGUUAAUAUGAAUGACAGGUCUAACUAUUACAACCCAGACACCCCACCCACACCUCCACCUCCUCUCCCUGUGGACUCAUAUCCUGUAAAAACCAUGAGGAAUUCUCCUGUUUUGUCUGAAGCUUCAUCAAGGAGACCAACACCUCAACCACGAAACAAACCAGUGGCUCCCCCUCGCUCUAACUUUGGGAGUAGCAAGGAAAGCCUGAACAGGAGUUUGAACCCCUUACAUCUCAGUCAGGGGGAUCUUCAUCUUAUUGACAGGAAACCUGACUGGCUGACCGACCAAGUAAGGGAGACCAGUGCUAGUGAGAGUGACAGUGACCCAGAGAGCAUGAAUGAUUCAUUUCCAGAAGCAGGAUACAAAAAUAAAGCUUUUCUGGAUAACGAGAAUCUCCCUCAGACAGUGAGGGCCCCUGGGUACACCCCACCCCAGGAUAAAUCAGAUGGGACAAAUUAUUCCUCUCCGUGGAGGGAUAAUAGAUAUCCUUACACCAAUCAGAGCAACUCCAAUCUCUCACGUAACUCGCGCGAGAUGGACAACAUGGACUAUCUCAGGGGGACUUAUACAAACCCUGGGUAUGAUGGCAGCCAUGACAACAUUCCCUCCUAUAAUGAGGCCCUGAGGUCCCCCAUCAGCGCCCCCUACAGCCCAGACUACACGACAAUGAGUCUUCCUCCUCCUUACUCCCCCACCUCCACCCAGCCAUUCUCACCGGUGGCAGAAAAUGUCCGCUUCACCCCAGAUAGUGCCAAUAAUGUUCACCCUGUGUACAGAAUCGGAAGUGUAAACAGUAUUCCUAUUUCAGGAAGUGAUGGGUUGCCCCGUGAUAUGGCUUCUAUGGACUACCGCAUGGGAAGUCAGAGUACUCUUCCGAACCCAGACGGUAGCAUGCCGGAUCUGUCUACGGGUGAAAGCCAUGCUGACCUUGAGGAAGCUGAUAUUGAUGACAUGAAUGACACUCUGUAUCGGGGGGACAUGGACCCAUUCCCCCAAAGUCCCCCAAGAGUCCCCCCAGGGGCCCCCUACAACCAGCCCCCGCCCUACAGAAGCAGCAGCCGUGACCAGCUCAAUCGACAGCCCCCAGUGACCCAGAGAACUCGUGAUAGUCCGGUGCUUUACUUAGAUAACCAGAGACCUAAUCAUAGGCGACCGGAACCAAUUGAAACCGAGAUCUGAAUUUGUUCAUGUACUUAAUGUAUAGGCCAAAGUUUACUACUGAAAAAUAAUCCAUUAUCAAAUACUUGCAUAUCAUUAAUUAAUCAUAAACAAAUUGAUAGUUAAUAAUAUUUAUCAAUUAUAAACAUUUGAAUUGAUGGUUGAUCAUGUUUUAUCUUAUUCUUUAUGAACUGUGCAAUAUUUAUGCUAAGCAUUACUUAAUAUGAUUUAAAUAAUCCAUUGCCCACAAGGUAUUGUUGACAGUUGAUUGUACAGUAUGUGAAUUGUACGUGCAUUAUCAUAUUAUUAUACUCACUGUGUAAUGUUUUUUAGGUCAGACUUCAGUUGAUAGUAUUAUUUUGUAUAUUCAGUGCUUGUACAUAUAGCGUAUGUACUACAUAGAAAUUAAUAUAUUACACUUUGUAAAUAUCUAUUAACCGAGAAUCUAAAUUAACUUAGUUGUAAUUGAAAAUGACAAAGGAGAAUGAUUUUAACCGUUAUAGAAAUCAAUUUUCACUUUAAACUAACAAAUUUGUUUCAUCAUGUUUUAUAUAGAUCCUCACAUUGUGGGCCUGUAGAAUAUUCCACUCUUGUUUCUUUUCUUACUUUCAUUCUUUCUGAUUAACAUCACAUGGAUUUAUAAAAGUUCACAUACCCCUAUUUAACAAGAUCAACAGACACUUCUACAAAAAAAUCUACAAAAAAAGAACCAACUGAAGAAUUUAAUAUAUUGCAUAGAAUAAUUGUCUUAAGGUUACUUGACCCCUUAAAAAGAGAGAUAACUCUUACUGGUAUUAAUGACUACUAUACUCUUAAAAAAUUAUUAAUUCAAAAGGCAUAUGUGUUAAAUUUUCCUGAAAUUGUUUGCAUUUUUAAUUUGAAAUUCAUUAUAUUUAAAGUUGAUAAAUUGUCUUAUUUUUUGGUGAAAUGAUGGUCAGUGAACCUUAAAUCUUGAUGACUGAGGAUUAAGGAGUGUCUGUUAAUUUUUUCUGCUGCAUGUUGUAACCUGGGUGUUGUGACUAUCUUGUAGUGUGACCUGGUCCUCUCUCCACCUGUCCACCAUCCACAAAAGCCGCACAUCCCUCAACCAAGGGGAAUCAACCUACACUCUCCGUAAAAGUAAUAACACGUCACUCGACAAAGGGGAGACAAUCCAGAGUAAUCUACGUAAGACAGGUCACUCUAGGUCGUGUCAGGACAUUCUGGAGACUAAUCAGUCCAAAUCUUGUUGUAUCAGUUAACAUUAAUUUUAAUCUCUAAUUACGUACAAUAUUUAAUAAUUGUCUCAGUAUUUUAUCAAACUUGUCAAAUUCAGGGAAUCAUUUUCAUUUCAACACAUUUUAUUUUCUUACUAAUCAAUGAACUUUUUUUUUCAUUUAAUUUUCGUAUAACCCCCUCUUCCCAUUGAGAUUUAUCAAUUUCUUGAAUAAACUUGAUUAUAUUUCAUAAAAUUAUUUUGAAUGUUUAUUGAAUGAUGAGUUCCCCCCCCCCUUUCUGGAUUGUCUUCCCUUGGUAUCCUGACAAAGUAAUGAGGCUAACACGUAAUAUGCAUAAUCUUAAGUGCUUUGUAAAGCUGUACAACGGCUUAAUGUCUGUUUUAUG